UGGCCUGCGAUUAAUCAAUCAAUCAGCCGGUGCCUGAGCUCCUCUCCUCAGCUCACCGUGCAGCUUAAUUGGUUGUUAACACAACCGGUUUGUCGCUAUGAACGAAGACUGUGACUUAGCAGAGCAUUUCGUUUCAGACACUCUGAGCCUUCUGUGUGAGGAGCUGGAAGACUGGAAAACAAAUAACGCCCAAGAAACAACAAGCAGCAGCAGGAGGAGGGAAGGAGACGAGGAAGUGUCUAAUCAGAGGGGUAAUGAAGAGGCCAGAGAGGAGACGGAGCGUGAAGAAACAAACGGAGGGGAGGAGAGCGAGGAAAAUAAAGUUGUCGAAUCAGAGAAGGAGCUGACUGUGAGAGGAGAUGAGGAGGAGGCGAAACCUAAGAGGAGCCUGGAAGACGAGGAGUCGCAGGAUGUGCAGAUUGAAGACAAAGACGCUGGCAAGAGAGAGACCAAAACAAAGAAAAGUGAGCCGAAAAAGAGCAGGAAGAGGCGAGGCAAGAAGCAGAACGAGCAGGUGAGGAACAGGCGAGCAGGAAAGGAUGCUAAUAAAAAGGAGGAGGAGGAGGUGGAGGAAAAGGGAGGCCAAACACAAGAAGUGUCUGUGAUGACCUCGGAGGAGAACCCGGCUCUGUUGGAGCCCUCCAUCAGCCUGCUGAGCAACUGUGACUUGUCCGACCAGGUCUACUUGAGUUUUGGCGGGACAGAGGUGUAUUGCCCCCAAGUCCCGGCCCCCCUGCCGUGCUCCUUGCAGCCUCCGGUCUCGAUCCAACCCGUUCCUCCUCAGUCACACAGGACAAAACGACCUCGCAGCUCCCCUCAAGCUCACGGUGUCCCCCYGCAGACCUCACAAGCUGAGAUGGAGAUAACUCAAGUCUGCUCCACUCGACGCUCCGUUCGAUACAGCAGCAGGGGGCGGGGCCAGACUCUCAGCAUCCCUGUGCUGCCCGGGUCAGAGAGCACAGAGAGCUGCCCUCUGCCGCCUGUCCCGAAGAAGAAAACACGGACCCUCUACACUACAGACCAGCUGGAGCAUUUAGAGGCGUUGUUCCAGGAGGAUCACUAUCCUGACGCUGAGAAGAGGAAACUCAUUGCCGCCUCAGUCGGUGUCACCCCUCAGAGGAUUAUGGUGUGGUUUCAGAACCGCAGAGCGAAGUGGAGGAAGGUGAACUUCAACACAGCAAAGACUGAAUCUGCUCAGAGCGUCUGCAGUCCGAAUCAAAAAUUCAACCUCCCCUUGAACACGCUGAUGUCUAACAGGAAGGGAGCUCCUUCUUAUUCUGGUCACUUUACUGCUCAUCUACCUCCGCCCACCCCACAAGCUCCUUUCCCCACUCAGAACCCACCCUCCAUCAGCAGCCUGCUGGAGAGCUUCAGCAGUCCAGGUCAGUGCAGAGGGAGAGACGUGGGUCAGCACCAGCCCCYGUCUCAGGGGAGUUUACCAGAGUUUCAUCCCCGUCCCAUGCACAGCCCACCCCCUCUGCGGCGAGCCAGCCUUCCCCUUUUCACCACGAUGUUCAACCCUGUCAGCCCCAACCCACCUCUCCUCAACACCCCCGCCCACACCCCGCCGCUCUUCCUCGACGUUCUGGAGAGUGGCUCCUCUCUGGCUCAUUGUGACUCCCAGUCUCUUCAGACAGACACCAGUUCGCUCUUUGACUUUGCUGAGAAGCUCAGCUACCAGACGUCCGGUCAGCAGAGCAGCUCUCUUUCCUACCAGAUCUCGUACCCCACCAGCCAGCAGCAAACAUCUCUGAUGACCUACCUGACUCCGUCCCCCUACCUCACCCCCAACCCUCCCGACUCCAACCCCACCUCCUACCUGACGUUUGGCCCUGGAGGAAGCUCCACCGGGGUGGUGACGUACUCCACAGGGGGUCAAACCUUCUUCCCUUCUCAGAGCACCAGACAGAUCCUGCUGCAGUCAGCCGGUUACAACGGUGGGAUGCCAGCGUACCCGUCAUACCAGUGGGGUAACAUGUACAGUCAGGCAGCCCUGCACCAGCAGGCUCCACCCACCUACCCCGCCAGUUUGGGGUCUUCACGAGACCACCAGCCUCCUUCCACCUCCAGCCAUCCUCUGCCUUCGUUCUUCCCACAGGAGGAUCAAGGGUCCCACGUGAACUCGCAGCAGUCGUCGCACACUCAGACGCACACCGAGACCACCAGCACCACCACCACCACCGUCCUCCCGCCCGUCUCAACUCUGCGGCCCCCCUAUCUCAGAGCAGAGACCACUCAGAAMAAGGUUUCAUCCCUGCUUUCUUCUCAGGUCAGCUCUCCGCCUACAGAAAGCCCUCCAGUGCCCUCUUGUGUCAAAAUUGAGUAUGACAGCCCUCGAGAGAUUCACAGUCACUUCCACUGCGAUUUCUCUCCCAUACAUUUUUGAGUUCAUCCUGUGUGUGUGUGUGUGUGUGUGUGUGUGUGUGUGUGUGUGUGUGUGUGUGUGUGUGNGUGUGUGUGAAUUAUUUGUAAAUACAGUAAGUGUGGAUUUUUCUAUAUUUUCUAUUUGUAUUAAGAUGUUCUCAGUGGAAAUGUUAACACGAGACUGUUGGGCUUCAUAAACCUUCCCUCUAAUAAAUGUUCAUUGCUCAUUUA